AUGGCAAUGUCGCACGUGCCAGCACAUAUUCGGCAAGCACACGGAGGGCACCCGACACGCGGACGUGGAUCGUCACGAGCAGGGAAAAAAGCACAGGGUUCGAUCAACGGGGGCACCAUCUCAGACCUGCAGAAGGCUGGCGUCACGACGCUCUUGCCUUUCGGAUGAAGACGACGACGGCGACGGCGACGACGAAGACGACGACGACGAAGACGAAGAGGAGGAAGAAGUAGAAGAGGAAGAAAGGCGGGCAGGGGGGGUGGAAGGCCAAAGCAAGAAGCGACCGGCUCGCACAAAACAUAGCGAGAUACCGCGCGAGAACUCGGAAGUAGGGGUCCGCGUGAGUAAGCGGGGUAGAGUGAUCAAGAAAAACGUAACCCUACAAGACCAAGGCUACUCGUAGAUUUGCAUGACUAUGUUCUCUGUUGUGCAGUGCUAGAUGCGGCAAUGGCAAGUUUGCAAGGCAGGUGGUUCGAUGUAUGGUUCUUGGCUGAGCUGUUCCGCUCAUUUCGAGCUUUGGUCGAUACUGUAUACUUUCGUAGAUACGAGACUAUCGUACGUGUGUGUGUUCCUCUAGCACGGCUGGGUGAGCAUGGGCGACCAUCGAUGACGAGCAGAUGCGGAAGGGGUAACGACA